AUGGCGCCCCUGACAGCCUCUAUCUCCCAUAAAGCUCUCUCCGCCGUUUCUUCCUCGCCCUUAUCGCGUCUCAACUCUCUCGCCUCGCCCUUCUCCUCGAUCGGCUGCUGCCCCGCACGUCACCUGCAUCGGCCUUUUCACCUGGCGGCCACGGCCACGGCCACUACCGCGCAAAAAUCACCAUCACCCAAAACCCCCUCCCCCACAGUCACCGUCCCCAUCACCGUCACCCUGGCUCCCUCACGCCCAUAUUCCUCCUCUGCCACUGCCACGACUCGCCUGAGUCUGAUCUCGCGACAUCUGCAGGAGCAUCACCAAUCUUCCUACCCUCCAAUCAACACUCCCUACACCGCCGAACGAGACUCGUUGCCUGCGUCGACCGACGACCUCCCGUACACGCCCCUCCAACGUUCACCUUCACCAGCUCACAUCCAGAAAAGACAAUUGUCCACCUCUGCGUCUGCCAGAAUGUCUUCACAGCCGCCUCACCCUUCCCUCCUGAUUCCCGGGCCGAUCGAGAUCAGCGAUGAGGUCUCCCAGUCCAUGGGCCACUUUGCGCAGUCGCACGUCGGACAGCCUUUCGUCAACACCUUUGGCGAAACUCUCACCCUCCUACGUGAUCUCUUCCAGACCAGCAACCCGGCCUCGCAGCCAUUCGUCCUUGCGGGAAGUGGCACUCUCGGCUGGGAUCUGGUGGCGGCCAAUCUGAUCGAACCUGGUGAAGACGUCUUGGUGCUACAUAGCGGAUAUUUCGCAGACUCCUUUGCGGAGGCUCUUGCAACCUACGGAGCGAAGCCAUUCCAGCUCAAAGCGCCUAUUGGCGAUCGACCACAGCUGCCGGAGAUUGAGGCUGCUCUCAAAGAGAAGAAAUACAAGGCCGUGACCGUGACUCAUGUCGACACCUCGACCGGUGUUUUGUCUCACAUCCAGCCUCUGUCCGACCUGAUCCGGCGUGUCUCCCCGGAUACGCUUCUUGUGGUGGACGGCGUGUGCUCGGUCGGUGGAGAAGAGCUUUACUUUGACAAAUGGUCCGUUGACGUGGCCCUGACUGCAUCCCAAAAGGCCAUCGGCUGCCCUCCAGGACUGUCUAUCGUGAUGGUGUCGGAAAAGGCCCUCAACGUGUACAAAUCCCGAAAAACUCCUCCAGGUAGCUACUACGCCAGCUUCAAGAACUGGUUGCCGAUCAUGCAGAACUACGAAGCGAAGAAGCCAUCCUACUUCGCCACUCCGCCUACGCAGUUGGUCAACGCUCUUCACACGGCACUGAAGCAGCUUCUUUCGCAACCACUGGAGGCCCGCUUUGCCCAGCAUCGCAAGAUCAGCCAAUAUGUCAAGUCUGAGGUGACAAAGUUGGGUCUGAAGCAAUUGCCUGUAGACCCGGCGAACGCCGCGAAUACUAUGACGGCAAUCUAUUUGCCUGAGGGACUGACGCCACCGGAGAUCCUACCCAAGCUGAUGGCCAAAGGCGUUAUCUUUGCUGGUGGUCUACACCGGGAGAUUGCGACGAGAUACAUCCGCUUUGGACACAUGGGCGUGAGUGCGACCGACGAGUCGAGAGGAGAAAUCGACAAGGCUAUCGAGGCCCUAAAGACGGGGUUGAUCGAGGUGGAGCAGGCCAAGAAGUAG